AUGAGUUAUAUUCUAAAUUCCUAUAUUGAAGAAAUUAAUGAAACACUUUCAAAUAUUGAAAAUGAAUUAAAAAACAAUUGUAAUAAUAAAGAGAAAAUUAAAAAAUUAUUUGAAAAUGUAGAAAAUGAUAUAUCAUUAUUGAAAUUAGAAUAUAAUAAUAAUAAUAUAAAUAAUAAUAUAAAUAAUGAUCCAAAUUGUAGAGUUGUACUAUCAAAAUAUGAUCAAUUAAAAUUACAAUUUAAUAAAUCUCAAUUAAUAUCAAAUGAAACUUUUAAUAAUAAUAGUAAUAAUCAAUCAACAAAUUUCAACUCAUCCACAAAUGAAACAAGAGAAAAAAUAUUAAAUCUUAAUAAAAUGAUGGAUAAUAACACAAAAAUGAUUCAAUCAGCUAGACAAGAAAUAUCAUCAAUGACAACUUUAGCAACAGAUCUUUCAAAUACAUUACAUUCUCAAACUGAACAAAUGAAAAAUAUGGAUAAAAAAUUCGAUUCAAUAGAUGCGAAUAUUGACAAAUCUCCCAAAACUAUUGAUAAAAUGUCAAAAAGGUGGUUUUAA